UAGUGGACCCUAAAAUGGGCCAGAAGUUUAUAUAUAAUCUCGAAACUUCAUAGAGGAGCCAAGGUUUGCCGACGCCGCCGCCAUUGCCACCGCUAAUAGUCGUAAUCGCCACCGUUGCACUACCACCGCCACCGCACAGUCACCGCCGCUGAAUACUUAGAGCAUACAUUUUUGCCAUCAUGUUCACAGUCGGGAAUAAUAAUGAAAAUUCUUUGACUCGUGAAUCUGGAAGCAAGGUGCACCAUGCCAAUAUACAAGCUUCAAAGGCUGUAGCUGACAUAAUUCGCACUACCUUGGGUCCACGAUCCAUGUUAAAGAUGUUACUUGAUGCUUCGGGAGGAAUUGUUGUCACUAAUGAUGGGAACGCCAUUCUGCGGGAGUUAGAUAUUGCUCACCCAGCUGCUAAGUCUAUGAUUGAAUUAAGUCGCACACAGGACGAAGAAGUAGGUGAUGGGACGACUUCAGUCAUUAUUCUUGCUGGUGAGAUGCUUCACGUUGCUGAAGCUUUCAUUGACAAGAAAUAUCAUCCUACAGUCAUUUGCCGAGCUUACAAUAAAGCUCUUGAGGAUGCUAUUGCUGCUCUUGACAAGAUUGCUAUGCCUAUUGAUGUGAAUGACCGGGUAACAAUGAUGGGGUUAGUGAAGAGUUGUAUCGGCACAAAAUUUACUAGUCAAUUUGGGGAUCUAAUUGCUGAGUUAGCACUUGAUGCUACAACAACUGUUGGUGUGGACCUUGGUCAAGGACUGCGAGAAGUGGACAUUAAGAAGUACAUAAAAGUUGAGAAAGUUCCUGGCGGCCAGUUGGAAGAUUCUAAGGUUCUUAAAGGUGUUAUGUUUAACAAAGAUGUUGUUGCACCUGGAAAAAUGAGAAGAAAAAUUGUCAAUCCUCGUAUCAUUUUACUUGAUUGCCCUCUUGAGUAUAAAAAAGGGGAGAAUCAAACAAAUGCAGAGCUGAUCAGAGAAGAAGACUGGGGAGUCCUUCUAAAAAUGGAGGAAGAAUACAUUGAGAAUCUUUGCACACAAAUACUGAAGUUUAAACCUGGCUUGGUCAUAACAGAAAAAGGGCUUAGUGAUCUGGCAUGCCAUUACUUUAGUAAAGCUGGAGUCAGCGCGAUCAGGAGAUUGAGGAAGACAGACAACAACAGAAUUGCCAAAGCAUGUGGGGCUGUCAUUGUAAAUAGACCAGAUGAACUUCAAGAAUCAGACAUAGGAACUGGGGCUGGACUUUUUGAGGUUAAAAAAAUUGGAGACGAAUUCUUUACAUUCAUCGUUGAAUGCAGAGACCCAAAAGCAUGCACCGUUCUUUUACGAGGUGCUAGUAAGGAUCUUCUGAAUGAAGUGGAAAGAAACUUGCAGGAUGCUAUGUCUGUGGCGAGAAACAUCAUUAAGAAUCCAAAACUUGUUCCUGGUGGUGGUGCUACAGAGUUAACUGUGUCCGCUACGCUGAAACAGAAGAGUUCAUCUAUUGAAGGCAUUGAAAAGUGGCCUUAUGAAGCUGCUGCAGUAGCUUUUGAGGCUAUACCGCGAACUUUGGCACAGAAUUGUGGGGUCAAUGUAAUUAGGACUAUGACUGCCCUGCAGGGGAAGCAUGCAAAUGGAGAAAAUGCAUGGAUUGGAAUAGAUGGGAAUACUGGUGCAAUUACGGACAUGCAAGAGCGAAAGAUCUGGGAUGCUUAUAAUGUGAAGGCACAAACCUUUAAGACAGCCAUUGAGGCUGCUUGCAUGCUUCUUAGGAUUGAUGAUAUUGUAAGUGGAAUCAAGAAGAAGCAAGCUCCGGGAGCUGGCCAAGGUCCAUCCAAGCCUACAAUUGAGCAAGAAGGAGAUGCAGACAAUGAGCAAAUACUCCCUGACUGAAUAUAUCACGACCAUUAAGCUUGAGGCAUAUUAAGUUGUGUAUUCAAAGAGAUGACCAAAGUAUUCGAUAGAACUUGUCCCUUGUAAGUUUCGGUGCAGUUUCUUUGAGGUUUUUGUCAUCUUUUCAUGCCCAGUCUUUGCCACCUCUUUUGUGUUGGUUCCUUUUUGAAAAAAACUGUGAUGUGAUUGGUACAAAUCUUCUAUAAGGUGUAAUAUUUGUGCUGAAUUAUCGCGUUUAGUAUAAUGUAAUUUCCUCGAUUUUUUUUUGGUUUGGAAA